UAGCCCGACGCCCGCCUGGCGGGAACAUGGGCUCGCCCCUCAUCAGCGAUCUGCAGUCAAUUGGUAGCGCCUGCACGUCGCGCGCGGUGUUCGAUGGUCGCUGCCUGGGGAGGAGGAGCCGGAGGCGGAGCCGGAGCCGCCGCCGCCGCCGCCGCGGGCUUCGUUCGUGAGGAAGGGGGCCUAGGCCCGGGCCUGCGGUGGUGGGGGUUGCCGCGCGCCGGGGGUCGCUCCUGCUGUGUCUUCCGCUCCAGCUUCGCCCACUUCCCCUUGCCAGCGGGGUGGGCGCGGAGAAGAUCUGCCGGAGCCAUGGAGGACGAAGUGGUCCGCUUUGCCAAGAAGAUGGACAAGAUGGUGCAGAAGAAGAACGCGGCUGGAGCAUUGGAUUUGCUAAAGGAGCUUAAGAAUAUUCCUAUGACCCUGGAAUUACUGCAGUCCACAAGAAUCGGAAUGUCAGUUAAUGCUAUUCGCAAGCAGAGUACAGAUGAGGAAGUUACAUCUUUGGCAAAGUCUCUCAUCAAAUCCUGGAAAAAAUUACUAGAUGGGCCAUCAACUGAGAAAGACCUUGACGAAAAGAAGAAAGAACCUGCAAUUACAUCGCAGAACAGCCCUGAGGCAAGAGAAGAAAGUACUUCCAGCGGCAAUGUAAGCAACAGAAAGGAUGAGACAAAUGCUCGAGAUACUUAUGUUUCAUCUUUUCCUCGGGCACCAAGCACUUCUGAUUCUGUGCGGUUGAAGUGUAGGGAGAUGCUUGCUGCAGCUCUUCGAACAGGGGAUGACUACAUUGCAAUUGGAGCUGAUGAGGAAGAAUUAGGAUCUCAAAUUGAAGAAGCAAUAUAUCAAGAAAUAAGGAAUACAGACAUGAAAUACAAAAAUAGAGUACGAAGUAGGAUAUCAAAUCUUAAAGACGCAAAAAAUCCAAAUUUAAGGAAAAAUGUCCUCUGUGGGAAUAUUCCUCCUGACUUAUUUGCUAGAAUGACAGCAGAGGAAAUGGCUAGUGAUGAGCUGAAAGAGAUGCGGAAAAACUUGACCAAAGAAGCCAUCAGAGAGCAUCAGAUGGCCAAGACUGGUGGGACCCAGACUGACUUGUUCACAUGUGGCAAAUGUAAAAAGAAGAAUUGCACUUACACACAGGUACAAACCCGUAGUGCUGAUGAACCAAUGACAACAUUUGUUGUCUGUAAUGAAUGUGGAAAUCGAUGGAAGGUAUGGACUCUCUUGGAUUCAUAUUAUAUACUCACUUAAAAUAGAAAGAUUUCUUCUGGUCUUUUCAUAGGUCUGCCUAGAUAUCUAAAUAUAUACAGAUAUGCUCACACUAUACAGUACUCUUGUACUCCCUGACUACUUGUAAUGGAAUAUACUAUCUUGUUACCCUACUAGAAAUAAAGAGUAUUAACUUGACUUUACCACCUUUUUUUGUUUUGGUGCAGGAAAUGGGGAGUGAAUCUUAACUGUUUAAUUAUUAUAUCACUGUCCUAUUUAUACUAUAUUUAUUAAGUUGUUUUGACUCUUGUACUUCCAGAAAAUCUAUACGUGUGUAUUACUUGUUUUAAUAGAUUUUGAUUUUGGAAAUUUUUUUUUCCCUUGUUGAAAUCAGACCCAAUGAUUUUAGUGUUUAUUUUAGAAAUUACAGAUGAGCACUGCUGUCAUUUGGUAGGCUUUUCACUAAGCCUUCAUAUUGCCUGUGUGCUCUUGAAAUUAGUCCCACACAGGCAAGUUUAUAUUAUUUAAAUGAUUCAUUCUUGAGGGAUUUUGUGAAACAAAAGCAUAAAAUUUAAAUUUGGGAGCAGAAAUACACAUCAGUACUAAAAACAUUUUAAUCAUUAUUAUAGAUGAGGAUGUUAAGGGUGUGAGUUUGGGAGGCUUAUGUGGUAGGAGUUUAGUCUUUGGAAUCAUACAAACUGAUUUUGAACUCCUUUGCCACUUCCCAUUACUGAACUAUACUGUUCUUAUGUAUUAAAUGUAAAUAGUACCUACAUUUCGGAUUGUGAUGAAGAGUAGAGAUAAUAUAUUUAGUGUGCCUGAUAAUUGUUGGUGUUCUAAAAAUGCUGGCCAUUUUUAUUAGUUUUUCUGAAGUUUGUACAAGAUUCUUUUUUUUUCCAUUUAUACUUAACAUAGACUUUUCAGUUUAAUGCUCAUUUUGAAUUAUUCACUUAGCUUAAAGCAUUUUCUGAAAAUCAGAAAUGAACUAGAAGCCAUUUGGGCCAGAGUCCCAAACCAUAUCGGGGAUAUCCAUUUGGCUUCUUCAACUCCACUUUAAGGGGUUGGGGCCAGUACCUAUUUUGUUUUAUUUAUUCAUUAAUUUUUUUGAGAUAGAGCCUCACUCUGUUGCCCAGGCUGGAGUGCAGUGGCGCUAUCUCAGCUCACUGCAACCUUCGCCUCCCAGGUUCAAGCGAUUCUCCUGCCUCAGCCUCCCAAGUAGCUGGGAUUACAGGAACGUGCCACCGUGCCCAGCUAAUUUUUGUAUUUUUAGUAGAGACGGCGUUUCACCAUGUUGGCCAGGCUGCUCUUGAACUCCUGACCUCAGGUGAUCUGCCUGCCUUGGCCUCCCAAAGUGCUGGGAUUACAGGCAUGAGCCACCGUGGCCGGCCCAGUACCCUUAUUACGUACAAAGAUUUAGUUCUGAGCUGGAAAGAUUACUGCUACUGAAAGUGUCUUCAUGGUUUGAAACAGUAUUUCCUACCCAUCUCAGGUUGCAGAAGUUGUCAUUGGUCUAGGAGAGGGACAUUCACCUUCUUUUUCAGUCGUGUUGAGAAAAUUUGGCCUGUUCUCUUGGAUUUGUUUUGCAUGAUGGAUCUUUUUUGUUGUUGUUGUUUUUUGAGAUGGAGUCUUGUUCUGUGGCCCUGGGUUCAAGAGAUUCCCCUGUCUCAGCCUUCCGAGUACCUGGGACCACCAUGCCUGGCUAAUUUUUUGUAUUUUAGUAGAGACGGGGUUUCACCACGUUGGCCAGGAUGGUCUUGAUCUCCUGACCUCAUGAUCUGCCCAUCUCGGCCUCCCAAAGUGCUGAGAUUACAGGUGUGAGCCACCGUGCCCAGCUGAUGGAUCAUUUUUAUUAUGGUGAUGAGGUGUGCAGUGCAGUUUGCUUUGAAUACAUGCACUUUGUGACACAAGUUUUGACAUAGUACUUAACUGAAUUUAAGAAAGUUCAAUUUAGGAUAGAAAGCUGAUGCCUAGAGUGGCAUAUUUUAGAAGUUCAAUUUUGGAAUUGUUAUUUUUUUUUUUUUUACCCUAAAAACAUUAUAAAGAGGUAUUUAAUAAAAAUGCUGAAAUUGUUUUAUACAAGUUCUUUAGUUAUAUGUUCCUCGUAGUUCUAAGUUGGGAAAGUCAGGCACUUAAGAUAGGUGAUAUUAUGUGUGAAAAAUACAGCAUCUUUUUCAAAAAUGCAUGUUUUUUAAAAGCAAUAUCAGGUGUAUGCUGUAUUAAAUGGGGAAUGUACCUUGUUGGUAUUUAAAGGUCUUACAAAAUAUUUUUUCUUUUUUGACAGUUCUGUUGAGUUGGAAGAAUUGGCAAAAUAUCUGGACCAUUAAGAAAACGGAUUUUGUAAUUAGCUUUAAACUAGGCCAAGCAACUAGUUUUCCUGCAAAUCAAAUUUUUAAAGCAACUUGGGUUAGACUUUGUUUUUGACCUAACAUCCCUUCCUUAAAUGCCUUCUGUAGUUUCAGAUCAGUAGGGAGACCAUAUAAUAAUUGUAUGGUACCUGUUUCAAAACAUAUUUUUUCUGUUUUUAUAAGUAAGUUGAUAUUAAUUAAACUCUUGGCAAUAUUUCUUCUUUCUUAAAGGAAAAUAUACCUUAACUUUUUUUCUUUUACACUGUGAAACAUACACAGUAGAAAUUCUGUUACUCUCUGUUAUUAAUACAUAAAUGAAAAUACAUUUUUUUUCAUAUUGGCAUGUAGCUACAAAUAUUAAGGGAGGAGAAAAGGUAAUAUAAGUUUAGGUUUACCAAAUAUGGUGUGUAUUCAAAUAAUACUUGACCAGCUUAUCUAAAAUGUACAUAAUUUUGAGGUAGCUUAUGAAUUUGAUUUUAAUUAUUAUGUUCACAAGCUUGGAAUAUUAGAUAUUAUUUUGCAUCUGUAACUAACCGUGAUCAUCAUUUCUUGUAAUUUCUUGUACAUGUAUAUUACUUGUUCUUAAUAGAUUUUUGGAAACAAGACUUUAUUGAGAUCAGUUUGGUUUUCCUGUUAAUUUACCUGUUUGACUUUAUAAUGUGUUUUAGUUUUGCAGAAGAACACUGUUGUAGUUUAGAAGGCUUUUCAUAAAUCCCCUCAUAGGCAAAGAUGAAAACUUCCCACUAUUUUUUUCCCCUCUUAGGAAGACAUACUGGAAAGAAAAUGUUUAGCAUGUUAGUGUAGUAUAGCUAUUGUAAACAGUUCAUGACUAGAUUUUGAUUCGGAAAUCUAUACUGACCAAGGAUUAAUCUUAAGGAUUGUAUAAUUCAUUAAAGCUAUGGUCUUUCCAUGUGGAGACUGAUAGAAAAUAAUUUUGUCCCAAGUCUUAUUUGCUGACUUUUUCUGUCAAUAAGUGAGAUUGUUGAACAAACUGAAUAUAUGGGCUAUAGCAAGUAGCUUUACAGUACAGAUCUUACAAUUAAGUUUUGCUUUUGUUAAAGUGUGUACCAUUUUUUCUGUUUGGAGUAAGACAAAAAUUGUUUUGACAUAGGUUCCCUAGGGUACACUUGCUCUAGCAUACUUUAAAGGCCACUGUUGCAAAGUCUACAUUUUAUGCUGAAUCUGCAUUCUGUCAGGUACCCGUAGAAAGACCUCAGUACAUGCUUUGCACUCUCCUUUGCUCCCUUUUUCCAAUUUCUUAUUGCAUAUCAUUUUGUUGUAAUACAGAAAGCAGCAUUUUUAAAUGUCCAUGUUAAGAAUUGGCCCACUGGUACCAACUCACCUCUAUUUUGUCAGUUCAUAGUUGAAGAUUUUGUUUUAUUUCAAAAACAAAGUACAUUUUUGAAAUAAUGUUUCAGAAUAAAAUAAUCUCACUUUUAAAUUAAGUGAUCCAUUUUAAAAUUUGUAAUUCAAUAAAGUUUUUUUGUUGUUAAACAUA